AUGAAGGACUUGAUUGGGGGGAAAAGCUUUAAUGUGCCAAUCAAAUUAGCCUACAAUGGAAUUGCUACUUCUACAAAUUCUCUUGCUGAUACUGGAGCAAAUGGAGCGAAUUUUAUUGAUACCCGAUAUGCCAUAGAAUUGGCAAGAUUCUUUGAUAGGAAGUUUCAAGAACUCCCAUUCAAAUGCCGCAUGAAGGGAUACAAUGGCGCCCCCGGCGGGGUGAUAGACCGCACAUUGACCCUAAACCUCUGGGUGGAUGGCCGGAGAUUUCAGAAUGUCCCUCUGCUGGUAACAGACCUAGGCCAGCACCCUGUCAUCCUGGGACGGAAGUGGUUGGCAGCACAGGAUAUAUGGCUUGAUGUUAAAAACCAAUGCCUGGUUUGGCCGAGUGAACGGUCUAUCCCUGAACAGGUGGCGGAGCUGAUGUUGAAGAUAGUACCCUGGUCAGUACUGAAGCGCCCAGACCCCAAGCCUGAGCAUCAGGCGGAUGUGGAACGAAGAGAGAUCAAGCUGGAUGAGGAGAUCAGACAGGAGCAUCAGGCUCAGCUCCGCAGAUUGAAAGGGAUCAGCUCAGUCGUGAUGCCUGAGACGAGGCAGGGGCUGACCUGGGAGGAGACAGCACCACAGAUGAUGGAUAUGAACUUCAUUGGGGCUGCUUCCUUCCAUGGUUAUAUGAAGAACAAGAAGUCAACAGUCUUCAUAACCAGUCUGUAUGAAAUUGAUAAACAGCUUGAGGAGAAGCGGGGUUUAGUGGGAGCUGAGGAUGAGUCUGAUGAGGAGCUGAUCAGCAACUUACCAGAAUGGUUGAAAGGCCGGGAGGACUGCUUCUCAAAGAAAGCAUCAGAUGAACUGCCCCCCCUAUGGAAGAAUGUUGAUUUUAAAAUAGAGCUCCAGCCUGAUGUUGACCUCACCCAGGGCAUUGGACAUGCGCCUCUAUAUAAGAUGAAUCUAGAGGAACUAGAGGCAGUGAAGACCUACCUUGAAGCCAACCUAGCAAAGGGUUUCAUCACCCCAAGUUCAGCCCCCUACGCCUCCCCAAUCCUGAUUGCCCGUAGUGGGAAGAAGCUAUGA